UGGGGCCUCUUCAAGCACAUUUUCACUUGUCGUUCUCAGUCGGUUAAGAAAGCCAAGUCGAGUGAUGAUAGGACGCAAGUGAUUCAGAUGUGCAGGGGACUUAGGAUCCAGAUGAGAAGCAAAAGUUGUUUUCCAGCUAUGACUCUUCCUGACUCAGUCCGCAGGUGGCAGUCGACCUGGUUCUACUGCAAAGACCAGCCGACUCCUGGACAGGCGACGGGUCUUCCCCCUUUCUUCCUGAACCGAGCAGAAAAACCUUCUACUCUGAAAGUGACACCGGAAGAGAAGGCACAAGUCAAAGUGUUGGUUGGUCGAGUGGUUCAGCUUGUCCGCGAUGGGGUGACUGGUAUGGAUUUGUUAGAGAUCUUCCUUAGGAGACGUAUCCAGCCGCUCCAAGCUCGUGACCAUCCGAUGUGGAUGUAUUCGGGUCUCGAUGACACCACUCGGAUUCACCCGGAGGAGGUCGACGAGGCUACGUUGGAGGGGUGGUUGUCAAGUAUCACAGGGGACAAAGACAACCCCCGAGGAGCCAGGAGGAUUCCUCCACUCGACCAAUCGUAUGAAGUAGAUAAGGCCACCACUAAGAUGUACUCGAUGCCCAACGGGGCCGCCCUCGGGCGGCUUCUCCGGCGCUGA